GCUCUCAGCUGAGAGGGGAAAAAGAAGAAAAAAAAGCCUAGUUGGCGGCUGUGGACCGGCAGUCAGCCAGGCAGCCUUAGCUACUAGCGGCAGUAGUAAUUGCUGCUGCUGCUACUACUACUACUACUACUACCACGAUUGCCACCAUCACUACUACUAUUACUUGUAGUACUACCACUGCAGCUUGUCACAUUCGUUCAGUUGUGCGGCAGGUGAAUGUCUUUUAGAGAGGCAGAUAAACGCUUGUUCUCAGUACUUGAAGCUUGCCCAAAACCUUGGCAAGCGAUGGCAAAAAUUACUACAGAAUGAACACGAGCAGAGACUUAAGCUAGAGGAGAUGGUGGAGCAACUAGCCAAGCAACAGGCUUCAUUGGAAAAGCAAGCACGCAAGUCCUUGCAUGCUGUUAAUUCUCCAAUUAUGGAGAAUGAUACAGUUCCCCAGUCAUCUGAUGAAGAUGAAUUCUUUGAAGCAGUUGAACAUCAAGUUGAAGAAUUCAGUGUGGCGCUUCCAUAUGACAAAACUCAUAGGAGAACUGGCAGUGGUGUUAGCAUUGACAGUUUGGAUCAAGUCCUUGAGCCACAAAGUUCAUCAGAAUCAGAUGGGGAAGAUAAUACCAAAGAGGCUAGAGUUGUUUGUGCUAAAUCAGAAUCUUCACCUAAGAGGACAACUUCAAAAGAUGGUGCUAAAUGUUCACACCGAAGAAAUGCCAGUCAAGACAAAAACAGGCAAAGCUCUAUCAGUGAAAGUAGUAUAGGACAACGCCCAAGGGUUCGUCGGAAAGCUAUAUUGGAACGACCAAACUAUAGUCUGAAUUUAUGGAGCAUUAUGAAAAAUUGUAUUGGCAAAGAGCUUUCUAAAAUCCCCAUGCCUGUUAAUUUUAAUGAGCCGCUUUCAAUGUUACAACGACUUACUGAAGACUUUGAAUAUUCUGAGUGCCUUGACCAGGCAGCACGCUGUGAAUUAUCUGCUGAACAGAUGGCAUAUGUGGCCGCUUUUACCAUCUCUUCUUAUUCCACUACUACCAACCGUACCAGCAAGCCUUUCAACCCAUUGCUUGGAGAGACUUAUGAGUGUGAUCGCACUGAUGAUUAUGGAUGGAGAGCACUUGCAGAGCAGGUAAGUCACCAUCCUCCAAUGUGUGCUCAGUAUACAGAAGGAAGGGGUUGGCGCUUGUGGCAGGAGUUCACAAUGAUGAGCAAAUUCCGUGGCAAAUAUCUUCAGAUUAUACCCAUGGGUAUCAGCCAUCUUGAGUUCACUAAGACUGGUGACCACUACACAUGGCGAAAGGUAACCACAACAGUACAUAAUAUCAUUGUUGGUCGUCUGUGGGUAGACAACCAUGGAGAAAUGGACAUCACCAAUCAUACCACUGGUGAUAAGUGUCACUUGAAAUAUUCAGCCUAUAGUUACUUUAGCAGGGAGACACCACGCAAGGUUACUGGAGUGGUUACAAAUAGCUCAGGGAAAGCUCAGUGGGUUUUAACAGGAACUUGGGACGAUAAAAUGGAAGGAGCUCAGGUUAUUAAUGUUGAUGAGUCAAAAGGAAAACCUGUUUUUGAGACUGGCCCUCAUAGAUAUGUAUGGAAACGCCGGCCUCCUCCAAAUGGGUCAGAGCGUAUGUAUUACUUUACUCAAUUGGCUCUUGAAUUAAAUGAACCCGAAGAGAAUGUAGCAUCUACAGAUUCCCGAAAUCGACCUGACCAACGUUUGAUGGAAGAUGGUCGGUGGGAAGAGGCCAAUAAAGUAAAAGUUAUGUUAGAAGAUAAACAACGUAUGGCUCGACGACGGAGAGAAGCGGAAGCAGAAGCGUCUUUAUCUCAAGAUGAGGGGGAAAAUUCUGGUAAGAGCAACUUCUUCUGUGUUUUGUUCACUGUAUUGUAUAUAUAUAUAUAUAUAUAUAUAUAUUACACCUAAGCAUUGUCACCAUUGCUGCCACCACUGUAUAAAAGCCACUGCCUCA